AUGUCGUGGGCAGGCUUCAAAAAGAAUGUCAACCGCGCAACGACGCAGGUUAUGAUGAAGACGGGCCAUGUCGAAAAGACAAACGACCGCGACUACGAGGUGGAAGAGCGCCGAUUCCGAACAAUGGAGGCUGCCUCGCUUCGCCUGCAGAAGGAAGCCAAAGGAUAUCUCGACUCCCUCAGAGCCAUGACUGCCUCGCAGAUGCGUAUCGCCGAAACCAUUGACGCAUUCUAUGGAGAUGCAGGCGCAAAGGACGGUGUGAGCAGGAGCUACAAGCAGGCAGUGGAGGAUCUCGAUGCCGAGACUAUCAAGGCGCUGGACGGACCCUACAGAACCACCGUCCUCGAGCCGAUAAAUCGAUUCUGCGCAUACUUUCCGGACGUGAAUGAGUGCAUCAAGAAACGCGGCCACAAACUACUGGAUUACGAUGCGCUGCGUGCCAAGGUCAAGAAGUUGGCCGAGAAGCCCGACAAGGACGUAACCAAGCUCCCUCGUACGGAGAAGGAGAUGGAAAUUGCCCGAGCCGCCUACGAACAGCUGAAUGAACAACUCUCGUCCGAACUCCCACAACUGAUUGACCUGAGAGUGCCAUAUCUUGACCCCAGCUUCGAGGCUCUCGUCAAGAUCCAGUUGAGAUUCUGUGCCGAAGCCUACAGUCGAAUGGCACAAGUACAGCAGUAUCUCGACGCUGACACGAGAGACCAGUACGCCAAUGGCCAACUCGAUGGACGGGUGGAGCAAGUUCUGCAGGAAAUUAGAGAACUGAGCAUUAGCGGGACUGUCUAA